CAAUCCACAUACAUUACAAUCAAGUUCAAACAAAAUAGAUUACAAGUCUACGUGCCAAGUGCAGUAUAGAUUUAUAGCUUAUUAAAGGAACUUAUGCCUUGAAGUUAUCGGCAAAAAAUUCAUAAAGUUAGCAUGAAUUCUGAAAUCAUCUCAUUUUCAUUACCGGUUUUAUUUCUCUUAAUCUUAUGGACAAUAUGGAAGAAAUUCAAAACCAGCAGCAAUAGCAAACCUCUAAACCUACCCCCUGGACCACGGAAGUUUCCCAUCAUCGGAAACAUACACCAGUUAAUUGGUGUUCUUCCCCAUCAUAAGCUCAGAGAGUUGGCAAAGAAAUAUGGAUCUGUCAUGCACUUACAAUUCGGAGAGAUUCCGACUGUUAUCAUUUCUUCGCCGGAGACUGCAAGGCAAGUACUGCAAACACACGACAUCAUCUUUGCUCAUAGGCCCAAUCUCAUGGCUGCAGACAUCAUAUUUUACAAGGCGGCAGACAUUGUUUUCGCUCCUUACGGUGAAUACUGGAGGCAACUGCGGAAAAUUUGCAUGAUCGAGCUCCUUAGUUCGAAACGGGUCGAAUUGUGUCGGUCAAUGAGGGAAAAGGAAGUAUCAAAUUUCAUCAAAUCUAUUUCCUCUAGUGCAGGAUCACCAAUCAACCUUACCAAAAUGAUACAAUCAUUAUUGUCUACUCUUACUGUACGAGCAGCCUUUGGCAAGAACUGCCUGCUAGACCAAGAAGAAUUCAUACCACUUGCCCAGCAAGUUUUAAAGAUGAUGUCAGGCCUCAGUACAGCCGACUUGUUUCCAUCUUCAAAAUUGCUUCAUACAGUUACUGGAAUCCGGUAUAGACUCAAAAAACUGCACAAAAAAGUUGAUCGAGUGCUCGAGAAGAUAAUCAGUGAACAUAGAAUCUCUAGCGGUGAAACUAAUACGGAUGUAGCCCUGCUCCAGGUUCUCCUAAAUCUUCAAGAACAGCGGAACCUUGAACUUCCAUUAACAAUAGACAAUAUCAAAGCGGUUAUACUGGACAUUUUUAUUGCUGGGACUGAUACAUCCUCCACAGUUAUAGAAUGGGCAAUGUCAGAAUUAAUAAAAAAUCCAAAAGUUAUGCAGAAAGCGCAAGCAGAUGUUAGACAAGUUUUUCAUGGUAAACUAGACGUGGAUGAAACAAUUAUCAACGAAUUAAAGUAUUUGAAGUUAGUUAUCAAAGAAGCACUAAGAUUACACCCUCCCGGUCCACUCCUGGCUGCCAGAGAAGCUCGGGAGCAGUGCCAAAUAAGUGGAUACGAUAUUCCAGCUAAGACCAGAGUCUUCGUAAACGUGUGGGCACUUGGAAGGGAUCCUAAUCAUUGGUUUGAACCGGAAAAGUUUUUGCCGGAGAGGUUUGUUGACAGUCCAAUAAACUAUAAAGGAGGUGAUUUCGAAUAUUUGCCAUUCGGUUCGGGGAGGAGAAUUUGUCCAGGUUCCUUGUUUGGCCUGGUGAAUGUGGAGCUGAUAUUAGCGAACUUACUCUACCAUUUUGACUGGAAACUCCCCGGAGAUAAAAAGAAAGAGGAUCUAGACAUGGAUGAAGAGUUUACUACUGUAGCUAGAAGAAAAAAUAGUUUAUACAUAAUUCCUAUCCCUUACCAAGAGUUUAAUUCCCACGGAUCAUGACUACUAGACCUAGAUAAGUGCUAGUUUGAUAUCACCCGGAAAAUGACAUUCUAAAUAACUUGGAAUGAUAGAGAGCAGAGAGUUUAUGUGCAAUAAUUAAACUUUAAGUUUUUUUUUUCUUUCUUCUCUUGUAUUAAUAAAUAUUACGUGUAUGUUUUAUUUUGGUACAAAAUAGGUUUAAUGUCUUAACAGUACUAAAAAAAAUU